AUGGUUUGGCCGUUUUCGUCGCAGCCGAAACUCACCGCGCCUGCCGCGACGGAUGUGAGUGAGCCGCAGGACGUGAAUGCAAGUCCGGCAGAGUACCUGCGCUCGCACUCGUUCGACAAGGGCAGCACGGAGGCCGCACAGGAGGCCCCGACGGCGGCGGGUCUGCUGCGCAACACGGCGCUGGACCCCGCGAAGCUGCACCCGUUUGCGGACAUCAAGGAUGACCUUGAGUACCUAGACAUUGAAGAGGACAGGCCGAACACGAUUGAGGGUGCCCGCACAGCGCUGCCCUCGCGUGGCUGGAGCGACGACCUGUGCUACGGUACCGGCACCACAUACCUGGGCGGCCUCGUCGUCGGUGGGCUGCUUGGCCUGCGGGAGGGCAUGACGCGCCCGCUUGGCAUCGAUUCGCCGACGUUCCGCCUGCGCAUGAACGCCGUGCUCAACCAGGUUUCGCGCCGCGGCACCUUCAUUGGCAACAGCGCCGGUGUGAUUGCUCUGACGUACAAUAUCUUUGAUGCCUCUAUUGACGCGGCGCGCGGUAAGCACGAUAUCUAUGGCAGUGUGGCAAGUGGUGCACUCAGUGGUGCCUUGUUCCGUUGCACAUCCGGUCCCCGCGCCAUGCUCGUGUCUAGCACCCUGAUGAUGGGUGCCGCUGCCACCUGGACCCUGGGCAAGCAGGCUUUCUUGUAG